AUGAAGCGAACAACCUCAUCAAACUCAGAACCACAAAGCUACAUAGAGUCACCUCUCCGCUUCCAUUCCCCUCUCUCCGACGCCGGAGAUCCACCGGAGAGCCGUUACGUCUCCCCUGAAACCUCCCCUUUCAAACUCGAAAACCCUAAAACCGACACCAAGUUCCCGCCACUUCCUCCUCCUCCUCCUCAGUAUCCUCCGCCGCGGCGUCAGAGAAAUGCUAGACCAGCUCCGGCGUCGGCGUCCGAUAAGUCUCCGUCGUCUAUGGUGGUGGUGAAUCGGUGGGUGAGAGAGGAAGGUCGAGAGACUGCGACGAGGAAGGUUGGAGAGACGACGACGGCGACGGUGGGGAACAGGAGGAGAGGAGAUGAAGCGGUGGCGAUGGCGGCGUUAGGGUUUAGAGUGAGUGAAGUGGUUUUGUGUUUGGUAUCGUUUUCAAUCAUGGCGGCUGAUAAGACGAAAGGGUGGAGUGGUGAUUCUUAUGAUCGUUACAAAGAGUACAGGUCAC